GUGAGAACUACCUUACACCUGCCUAUGUUGUAACCCCUAAGACGAUGGCACUGCUAAAGGAACAUUUAGAAAGAACUGGAGGAAGAGUGCAAACAAGAUUUCCUCCUGAACCCAAUGGCAUUCUUCACAUUGGUCAUGCCAAAGCUAUCAACUUCAACUUUGGUUAUGCAAGAGCCCACAACGGUGUUUGCUACUUGAGAUAUGAUGACACAAACCCAGAGAAGGAAGAGGAAAAGUUUUUUACAGGAAUUUUGGAUAUGGUCAAAUGGCUUGGUUUUGAACCAUGGAAGAUAACCCAUGCUUCAGACAAUUUUGGAAAAUUGUAUGAUUUUGCUGUAGAGCUCAUCAAAAGGGGACAAGCAUAUGUCUGUCACCAGCAGUAUGAAGAAAUCAAAGGCCAUAAUCCCCCACCCAGCCCCUGGCGGGACAGACCAAUAGAGGAAUCACUGAGGCUGUUUGAGGAUAUGAGAAAAGGGAAAAUAGAGGAAGGAGCGGCAACACUGAGAAUGAGGACCACGCUUGAGGAUGGAAAAAUGGACCCUGUGGCCUAUCGUAUAAAGUUUACCCCACAUCAUAGAUCUGGAACUGAAUGGUGUAUAUAUCCAACAUAUGACUUCACUCAUUGUCUGUGUGAUUCUGUGGAGGAUAUCUCACAUUCACUCUGUACAAAAGAAUUUCAGUCAAGGCGUUCAUCAUAUUACUGGUUAUGCAAUGCUCUUGAUAUCUACUGCCCAGUGCAGUGGGAGUAUGGUCGAUUAAACUUGAGUUACACUGUUGUCUCCAAGAGAAAAAUUGGUAAAUUGAUCUCUUCUGGAAUUGUCAGGGAUUGGGAUGAUCCUAGAUUGUUCACUCUCACAGCCCUGAGAAGGAGAGGAUUUCCUCCAGAGGCUAUAAAUAAAUUCUGCAGCAAGGUGGGUGUGACAAUGGCACAGACAGUCACAGAUCCAUUGCUCCUUGAGUCAUGUGUUCGGGAUGAACUGAAUGUUACUGCUCCCAGGUUUUGAACCAUGGAAGAUAACCCAUGCUUCAGACAAUUUGGAGAACUGUAUGAUUUUGCUGUAGAGCUCAUCAAAAGGGGACAAGCAUAUGUCUGUCACCAGCAGUAUGAAGAAAUCAAAGGCCACAAUCCCCCACCCAGCCCCUGGCAGGACAGACCAAUAGAGGAAUCACUGAGGCUGUUUGAGGUUUAAGUUGGGAGCCCCGUCAGUGGCGCAUGUCUCAAAAGGCUGUCAACCGCUGGUUCCUGGCCGUGACUCUCCAACGCAACCCAUCUCUUGUCAAGUUCCGCCGCCAAGGCCGCCAUUUGACGGCGUUUGUUGUAACUCUUGGAAGCGUCAACUUUAAUUUGACGUUCCGAUGUAAAACUUUGAGACUAACUCAGCAGGAAGAAUACUGUUCGCUCUAUGUGGUUCUCUUUGCCGGAGAUCUGCUAUAGUUUGGGAUAAAGAUCACAAAAUGUAGGGGGUUCCCUCUUUAGUUACUACAGUAUGAUAUAGUCUGUAUCUGGGUGUUGUUGUUGUUGUUGUUGCUUUUUUGUUGUUUUUGUUUUUGUUUUAUCAGUUUUUGUUUGUUUUUUUUUUAGUCAAAAUGUUACUCCUCUAAUGGAAACUGCUCUAAAUUCUGGGCUAAGCUUUAUUAAACACGUAGAUUGUGGUAGAGGAGUGAGUAAGGAAGCACACAAAGUACUUAUUGAAAAAACAAAAAAAAUUGUAGAUUUCUAUUGCUGGCUUCGGAAAUGGGAAUUAUGUUAUCUGGAAAGCAUGGAGAGGCAAAUGGUAGCAUUUGCAACCGAAGAUUUUUUUUUUGUAAAUCUAUUUCUCUGUCAAGCGGGCUUGCACGCUCUGAAGCGCUUUCAAGAAAAUAUCGACGGCAUUGUAAUUACUCCUGCAAAGUCUUGUUUGCUGAACUAUCUGCCAUUUUCGAAUCAAUCAAAGAAAACUGAGUGUGUUUCAAUUUUAGUCUCCCUUGUCUGACAGCUUGGUACAGUUAGCGAACUCCAACAUCGUGAAGAUGGACUAUCGAAUCACGACUUCGCCGCUCUCAGAUUUAUCUUUCGUAGUAUGAGAGCAGUUCAAAUCUUGCGCGCGCUACGCAAGUCAGACAUAAUUAUUUUUGCGCGUAAUAAGUAAUGGUAAUAGGAUUGAGUAGAGUCCAGUUCGGUCUGUAAUU